GGUCAACCCUGGACCUCAAAAUCGAUACAACAUGCUUGUCUUGAUCGCUGGUAUCACCGGGUUUGUUGGCAUUCCAUGUGCCAGGUCCGCAUUUGCACGAGGUCUCCAAGUCCGGGGCCUAGCUCGCAAUAUCGACAAUCUCCCAGAGGAUGUUCGGAAUCGGCUUGAAGGCUUUGAGACGUUGUCAAGCCCCUAUGACAUGGCCGCAAUGGACCGGGCCACCAAGGAUGUUGAUGCCAUUGUCUGUUCCUUUGCGGGCCUUCCUGAAAUCUUCAUGGAAUCGCAAUUGCUGCUCAUCAGGGCCGCAGAGCGAGCUGGAGUAAAGAUCUUCCACGCGACCUCCUGGAACUACGACUGGACGCGUGCUUCUGGUUCACACGAGAUUUACGAUGACAUGCGGGGCUUCGCCCACCAUGUGGCGAUCAGCUCGGCCAUCAAGCCAAUCUACAUGUACACCGGUGCAAUCGCCGAGUACUACUUCAAGCGAAGCCGACAUGACUGGGACCCAGACACCAAGACCUUCAGCUUCCAUGGGCCUUCGACAUUCCCCACUCGAUAUACCACCGCAGAAGACAUCGGCAACUAUGUGCUGGAGGCCAUCACGGCUCCGGAUGCUGCCGAUGGAGGCUUUGUUCGUGUCCAGAGCUUUGAAGCCUCCCCCGAAGACAUCGUCCUAGCAUACCGUGCUGCGAGAGGAGGCCGCGCCACUGCUCGGCUGAACUGCUUGGGCUCAGUGAAGGACGCAGAGGAUAAGCUGAAUGAGGGAAGGGCUAAACAUGGGAAGGCCGGUUGGCCCAACUUUACUCGGCAUUGCUAUCAAUAUCAUAUCCCGGCGCGUUCUUGGGAUUAUGAGCCGGUGGAUGUUGCGCGCUUCCCGAACGUCACGCAGACCACCUUGGAGGAAUUCUUCCGCCGCAACCCUGACGUGUAGUCAACUCCUCUUGUCCGAGCCUGGACAUAUCAUGUUGGAUAGGGAAAUGUGACCGGGGUUCAUUUUCCAAUUAGUU